GCCUUUGGGGAAAAAAAAAAAAAAAAAAAAAAACCAGAGCCAUAGUUUUCUCAAAAAACGAAAAAAAAAAAACAAAACGAAAGAGGCUCUCUUCAGCCAACUCGUUGCAGGGCUGACGCUGUCUUUCACGAGUGAGGCAUAACCAGACAAAAUGAGUUCCAUGGAAGUCAAGCCGGCCGAGCCCGUUGCCGUUGUCCCGGAGUCGGUCCUAAAGAAGAGGAAUCGAGAUGAAGCGUGGGCGAAAGCUCGUGCUGACGAACUGCGCGAGAAAAGGACCAAGUACAAGAAGAACAGAGUAGUCAUCUUCAAGCGGGCGAAGCAGUACAUCAAGGAGUACCGUGCCCAGGAAGCCGAUCUUGUCCGUCUGAAGCAGUUGGGGAAGCUCAAGGGUGGGUUCUAUGUUGGGGCGGAACCAAAGGUCAUGUUCAUCAUCAGAAUCAGAGGUAUCAAUGAUUUGCACCCCAAGACGAAGAAGAUUUUGCAGCUUCUCAGAGUUGAGCCAUACAUCACGUAUGGGUACCCCAGCCGAAAGAGUGUCAAGGAGCUUAUCUACAAGCGUGGGUACGGAAAGGUCAACAAGAUGAGGAUCCCUUUGAAGGACAACGCCAUCAUCGAGAAGGAGCUUGGCAAAUUCGGCAUUAUCUGUAUUGAGGACCUGAUUCACGAGAUCUACAUUGCUGGUCCCCACUUCAAGGAGGCGAACAAUUUCCUCUGGCCGUUCAAGAUCAACUGUCCUGUAGGAGGAUUGAAGAAGAAGAGAUUGCAUUGUAUUGAGGGCGGUGAUGCCGGUGACAGGGAGACGAAGAUCGAUGCGCUCAUCCAGAGAAUGAAUUAGGUUUUGUGUUCCUUGAAUCG